CUUUUGUUACCGAUCGUUCGCGCGGGUUGUAAACCAGUUACUUUCACAUCACUUUCGAGGGCAAAGGGGCAAAAUCUCCCUCAAGGACUUGGCGUAGUGGCUGGCGGUGUGGAAGGGACACCAUGAACUAGAGGCAGCAGCAUGUGAGAGGCGCGCUCUCCGCCACUAUGUGACCAGUGCGGAGACCCAGCCCGGUGGUUCCCGUCCCUGUGUGUCAGACAGCGAGGGGCUCCGCCAUGGACGCCAAGGAGGGCAGUUUCUCGGAGCGCUAUGAGCCGGUGGCCGAGAUCGGGGAGGGGGCGUACGGCAAGGUCUACAAGGCCAGAGACAGGAAGAACGAAGGUCGCUUCGUGGCUCUGAAGAAAGUGCGAGUGCAAACGGGCGAGGAGGGGAUGCCUCUGUCUACCAUCCGGGAGGUUGCCGUGCUCAGACAACUCGAGUCGUUCGAGCAUCCCAACGUGGUCAGGUUGUUUGAUGUUUGCACCGUGUCUCGAACAGACAGGGAGACAAAAAUUGACUCUCGUUUUGAACACGUCGAUCAAGAUUUGACUACCUAUUUGGAGAAAGCCCCAGAGCCAGGAGUGCCGGAAACAAUAAAGGAUAUGAUGUUCCAGCUUCUCCGAGGAUUAGACUUCCUUCAUUCACACCGUGUGGUUCAUCGAGACUUGAAGCCCCAAAAUAUACUUGUAACCAGCAGUGGCCAAAUCAAGCUAGCUGAUUUUGGCUUGGCUCGUAUCUAUAGUUUCCAGAUGGCACUUACCUCUGUGGUUGUCACUUUGUGGUACCGGGCACCGGAAGUUCUGCUGCAGUCUAGUUACGCAACACCAGUUGACCUAUGGAGUGUCGGCUGUAUAUUUGCAGAAAUGUUCCGUCGACGUGUCCUCUUUCGUGGUAAUUCAGAUGUUGAUCAAUUAGGAAAAAUCUUUGAUGUACUUGGUCUUCCAAGUGAGGACGACUGGCCAAAAGAUGUGGCCCUGCCAAAAAAUGCAUUUUCUACGAGAUCACCACAACCCAUACAGGACUUUGUACCAGAGAUAAAUGAACCAGGGAAAGACCUGCUGCUGAAAUUUCUAACUUUUAAUCCAGAAAAGAGAAUAUCUGCCUUCAAUGCACUGUCCCACCAGUAUUUUAUGGACCAUGAGAAAUACACUGAGAAUCAGAACUUGUCUCUAUCUCCAAACCAGUCUUCUUCUGAAGUGAACACAGCUUAACAUCUUCGUGUUGUUUUGUUCCUGAAAGGAUUACUUGACAAAUCAAAUAUUUUGCAAUACAGCAAUAUCUCCUCCGUAUGCUGCUUUUGAAACAUUUCUCCAGUUUGUGCUUUCUUGACUUAAUGCCCCACGAUCCUACUUUUGAAAACAAUGCAAAAUCUGUUGCAGUUUCUGCACCAUCCUACUCACUGUCCACCUUCACCUCUGGGAAAAUUCUGGACUUGAGUAGCGGCUGCAAGUGCUGCAAUUUUGUUUCCUGAAUGUGGAAUGCUGCAAAGGUGAAAUGGAACACCGAGUACGUUCACUGCCAGACCUGUCAGUUUUAUGUAACCAGCUGCUACGGCCAGAAUCCAAACUUUAAAACAAAAUGUUACUAAUUUCCAAAACUGACAAUGUUCUUUGAACAAGUGAAAAGGAUUACUUCUGCCAAUGUCCAUGAUACUGUGAAUACAUUGAAUAAUCUUCAAUAUCAACAAAUUUAGCAAGAAGUUGAAAAAUCCAUUGGUCACUUUCGUGGCAUUAUUGAGAAGAAGACAUUUUGGAGCAAGUUAUUUAAAGAAAAAUCAAAAAAAAUGCAUCGCAUUUUCUUCAUGAGAAAGAAUGCUAUAUAAAUUCAGCGCUACCUUUCUGCUAUUCUGGAAUUGUUGCUUGUUGUCAAUGGUAUUUUUUAUAUUUGUGUCAACAGAAGAGAGAUCAUUGCUACAUAAAAUUUAUAUCUCUAGAAUUAUCAAAAACCCUAGAGUUAUCAAAAUCUUAACACAUAUCAAAAUAUUUUCUUUGCAAAGUGAGAAAGCUAAUGAACGGAAGAUGCUUUGCAAAACUUACGGCAACACUCCUGUCUAGUGCUUGCAAAACAUUAAAUCUCCAUUGUUAGGAAGUCAUAUCUGUUCAAUUUAGGUUUGCCAACAAUUGCUAAAUCCAAAACCAGGUGAUUAGGUUUAGAAACAGGUUUAGGGUGAUCCAAUCUAUUUUCUAAUCAGUUAAUGAAAAUCAUUACAGGCCUGAACGAGCUUGAUAUCUGCUACCUUCAGAUAAAAACACAAAAAUAAGUUGAAGAAAAUUAAUUUUGGUUGUAAAUGAAUGAGUGUUUUUGACCAGUUUACACUUUGGAAACUGUCUGAAGCUCCCAGGAUAAAGUAUUUGUUCAUGGAAAACUGGGUGUGCAUCUUCCAAAGUGAAGCUGCAGUCUUACGGAUGAUUUGCUAAGCAGCAUCACUGCUGAAACAUUGCAGUGUAAUACAGCACUGAUGAAAUGACGGAAUCGAAUACUUAAUGACUUUUUUACCAUCAAUUCUGUAGUGAGUCAGCGUGAAAAAACCACCCGCUUAAGAGUGACUCUGGUAGUCUCAGAUUUGCAUUCUUAUAUUUUUAUAUAUAUGUGGUGAUAAUUUAAAGCAGAUUAAGACAAUAGAAAUGCUGGAAAAACUCAGCAGACCAAGCAGCAUCUAUGAAAGAGAGACAUAGUUUGAUAACAGCAGGAUGAGAGGUAAUCAACUUGAAACAUUAACUCUGUUUCACUGUCCACGUACUGCCUGAUCUUCUGAGUACUUUCAGCAUUCUUAGUUUUAUUUGGGCCUCCAGCAAUUUGCUUUCAGAUUGGGACAUUAUUGGUCUCAAAUUGUAACUAAUAUCUGUAUUUUUCUUGAAGGAAGAUUUUACUAUGUGAUCAUUGAUGGAUGGCUUCACUUGUGAAUGAACUGUGUGUAAGUAGCAUUUGUUACCAUUGAAACUCUGCAUUUUACGAAAGCUGAACAAUGGUGAGAUUGGCUCAGAUUCUGUGGUCAACGGUGAAAAGAAAGCUUCCUAGAAGGAGCUGGCGAUCUCUGUGGUGUGGAUUUCACGUUGCCCAACAGCAGCUGCUACCAAGCAUCAGCUUCAGGGGGUCUCUGGCAUCCAACUACAGUGACGUCUCCAAGCCGGCUAAGUACUUACUCACACUGAAGAACUGUCGCAAACUGCAAACCAGGAAUUAAAAAGCACUAAUCUUUUAACCAACUUUUUAAACAGUUUACUAAGAGUGAUAUUUAGAUAGAAACUGAAAUAUCUCGAAUAAACUUUUUAGAAACAAAAUAAAUUUUUAUUAUUAUUUUAAAAAGCAGGAAAUAGUUAACUGAGGGAAUGACAAUCCACACAAGCUACUCUUAAGGGCCAGAGAGGUAGAUAGGCAAUCUUUAUGACUUAAUACACAUUAACACUGCUGCUCCUUGAGUAGCAGAGCAUAACUUUUUCAGGUAUUUUUUAGGGUGAAAAUGGUUGGAAGUAUCUGGUUCUCACUUACUGAUUUCUACCAAUUAUGCUGGAGGAGAUUUCAAAUGGUAGAUCCUUAACAGAAACAGGGAACCACUGACAAUGAAAUCUGAAUUUCCUCAUUUAACUGGACACGUGCUUACUCCAGAAAUGUCAGGAAUAUUUCCUCCAUUAUAAUGGUGAACAAUGAUACCACACUUUUGUUUUCUUUGCAAAUAUGAUGCUGAUGAAUUUAAUGAUUUAUUAUGAAUAAGGGGGUAAACAUGGUAAAGGAACUUAAUAUUACAAGGGAUUUAUAUAUAAACAAGUUGUAUUAUUAGUUAUGGUGCUUUAGUGACAGAUAAAUAGCAGAGUUGCAAUGUUGACUGGAAUAUGUGUUAGGAUUGAGUUCAGUAUGGAUUGAGGUACAUCUCUGACUUCAAUAAGUAGCAUGUAAAUAUACAUGUCCAUACCAAUGAACAUCAUUCACCAAUUCAGUAUGUAAAUAUUGUCAAAAAUGCCACAAAAUAAACAGGAAAAUUCUUGAUCUGUCUUUUAAAAAUAUUAAAUUAAGGUUAUAAACUUCCUGGCAUAAAGUUUGUAAAAACAUAACUGUGUGAUACAAUUCCACAGCAACUAAUCUGCCAAUGGUGCUUUUAGAUAAUAUUUUUAUCCAUAAAGACAGCCCACAGGCUCUAUUUUCUGAAAUGGCUGAGGUGAAUUUCUAGCAAAAAAAUCUUUCCGUUUGUGCAUUUUGGUUUUCAUUUGAUUUCAAGUAAAUCUAAACAAAACUCAUCACAGUACUACAAUUCUUAAUAACUAUGAUACUAUCUCCAGCAGCAACAGAAAUAGUGGGGAAACAGGUGGUUCAACAAAAACAGACAGGUAAAUAAUAAGUCAAAAGAAAAACAAGGGGAAAUCUAUCACUUGUUUAAGAAAGAGCAGUUGUGCUCUUUAAACAAAAAACAUCAAUUAAAGUUUUUUGCUUUUAAAGCUCUUCUGGUAUGCAAAUACAUUUUCAUUCAAGGGAAUAAAGCAAUCUCUAAUAUAGCAAAAUGCAAGUGGAAAACUAUUGCUCCUAACAGUUGUUAAGUUUAAUUUUUCUGUUGAGUGCAGUUCCACAGAACUCUCCUGUGUGGCUCUCCUUUCACCAAAAGGAUCUCACCUAUCCCAAGCUAAGCUCCACUUUUGGAGAGGAAAAGAUAUCACCCUAAUUGCAAUUCCAUACUCUAAGCUGUUUUUUUACUUUUAAAAUAGAUAAUAAUACAGUCCAACGCUCAAUAACAAUUACAGUACUGUGUCAAGGAGGUGCUUAAUUAUUGACAUACAGGAGCUGGUAUUUCUAAAUAAAUUUCCUAGAAACUAAUUAUAGUUGUAGAGGUCCCAGUGCAACAAAACAAAAAAAAGUUCUAGUUAUAUGUGGAAUCUCCUUUCUUGUAAAUUAAUUUAUGCUUCAAAUUUCUUCAGCUGGGUAUCCAUGCAAAAUCUCCAUUUUCCAGAUUUUGUAGGUUUUUGCCCAAUUGGGGGUUCAAGUGCUAAACACAUCCACUGAGUGCUUCAGUAGUCAGUGAAAUUCGCCAUCUAUGCUUCACAAUGUGGCCAUUUAGAAAUACAUCACUAUUAAGUUUGUAGUUAUGUAGUUAAGGCUGCAGACAGUCACAGAUAUUACAUUGUGUAUAUUAAUACUGGAUCUUGAUUGUCCAUCCCUGAAAUUAUUUCACAUUAUGUACUCAUUACUUGUAUGUAAGACUUAGCACGUCAAGCAAAAUCAACUUUGUAACCUAUAAACUGCAUAAAUAUCGGAAGUUUUAUAUACUACCUUUAAAUCUGGGUUAAUCAGUAGAUCAUAGUAGUGUCUCAGUAAAUGUCUGUCCAAAUAAUGUAAAUAAUGCUGUACUGUAUAAAAUAAAAUUAAUAGUUCAAGGCAAGAAAUACAAUGUCACAGCUAUAGCGAAUGAACAUCAAGGCACAUGCUCUUCUCAACAAAUUUGUAAAAGUGUUUAUCAACCUACAGAUUCAGGAUAGAGAACAACUAUGUGUAAUUUUCAGUGCAAUGGUAUUUAAGCUGAACUGAUGUAAUCUUGCAUUCAGAGUAGAUUUUAUUCUGUAUGUACUGUACAAAUUUUAAUCACACCUUUAUAAUAUUGAAUAUGGCUAUUGAAAGACUAUUUCGAGCACAUUACAGUGACUCAGAUAUCUGAGGACAUUUUAUAUCCCUGAAUUAAUUUGCUGUGCAGUGGUUUGUAUUCAUUAAUGUCUUGCAAUUUUUCUCAGACAUUAAUCAUGUCAGUUCAUUGAGAUUGUUGUAAAUGCGAAUGAAGUGAUAAAGAUGUUGUUUUGCUUUUUCUGUCUAUGGAUGAUAUUUCCAAAAUUUUAAAGAUAAGGAGCAAGUAUAUAUAUGAAAGGCAAUUUAUUCAAAAAUAACAGACAGAAGAUUUGUUAGAGCUAUCCACUUUUUAUCUCACAGCAAUGAUAACAAAAUACUGCAACUAUUUAGUUGCUGAUAUUUAAGCUUAAAUCUAAAUAGAUUUUUCAAUUGUUUAAGAUAAGUGUUUUUAAUAUGUCUCACAUAAUGAAAGUUUUUUUUUAUUGUAUUGUUAGCUGUAGCUCAAUUGUUAGCACACUGUCAGAAAGUUCCAGAUUCAAGACCCAUUGCAGAACUUUGGCAUGAAAUCUAGGCUGCUGCUCCCAUGCAGUAGCAGGAGACCAAUGUACUGUGAACACUGCAGCUCCCACGCAGUUCCAUUCCUGUUCAGUUUUCUCUAAUGAACCCUUGCUUACCCUCUCAAGUGAACAUUAAGAUCUUCUGGCACUUCUUUGAAAUGAAGCAGUGGAGUCAUAUCUGAUGUCCUACCUGGUAUUCACCCUUCACUCAGUGUUAAAAGGGGAAGAUGAUUUGGCCAUUAUCACUUUUGCCAUUUGUGGAAAUGUUCUAUGGCUGCAUUUCCAAAGUACUUCAUGAGCUAUAAGCCUUUCAUGAUAUCCUGUUACGUGCCUUAUUAAUUGAAUGCCUUAUUUUAAGCUUUAGUGGAGGUAGAACACAGCGGCACCUACUGUCUCAAGAAGAUCUAAAUGAAGAACAUGUAAACUGCUCAAAUGUAAUGCAAAUGCAGACACUUAGAUUCCCACAGCUAACGACCUAGCUAGUUAAAACAAUAAGAAUUGUUUUAUCUUCCGUGUCAUUUUAAUCUUGAACAAUGGGAAAGCCAGUUAAUAAAAGAGACAAAUGAUCAAACUUUAAGAGAAAAAUCAUAACGUUCAGGAAAUACGCAGCUCCUCCACACACAUAGUUUGAUAUUGAGAGAGAGAGGGGGAGAGAGAGGAGAGAGAGAGAGAGAGGAAAAGAGAGACAGAGAGAAUGUGAUAGAAGAAAAUUGAGAACAUGUGUCAAAACAAAACAAGGUGUAUUGUGUGAUGACUGGGAAGGUGCAGAAAUUGUGGGAAUCACUGACAGCUGAAAGGAAAUGAGAAUUAAAAUUAAACCACGUUAGCAUUACAGGAACCUAUGAGUUCAAGGCAUUUGUAGAAAAAAAGUGCGAGAUAUAAUGGCAAAUGGUUAAGAGUUUGUAGUGACAACAGCAGAACUCCGCCAGACAAACAGAAACUGAUAAGUGAUGCAUAUUCCAUUAGCAAAAAAAAGAAGAAAAAUUGGUUAACAUUUUAUAAGUUCAACUCAGCACCAUUUGAUAGAAUCAGAAGUUGCUGAAUUAUCAAAGGGGGUGUUUGAAAUUGUUUGACAAUAUCCAGAAGGCUAGAUUUUAAGUACUCUACUAAAUUGAAAGCAGAUUAAAAAUAUAGAACAUAACUGUUUAAUUGAAUUUAUUGGGACCUUGCAGAAUUGAGUCAAUAUGUGAUCUGAACCAUCGUUAUUCUUAGUAAAGCAACACAGCUCAGUGUGUACCUGUUUGAGUGUUUUAAGUGGGCUCAAUAUAAUUUAAGAGAAGAGAUUGGGUAUGACAGGAUAAUUUGAUGGUUCAUGUGAAGUGAUGCACGGAUUUGAAUAGUGGCUGGCUGUGUGCUGCUUUAGUGAUUUGGGAUUAAUAUUUUGUAAUAAUAAAUGGAGCCUUAAAACAAUUUUACCAGAUGGUUCAAUGGUGCUGUAAGAAUAGUUGAAACAAUUCGAUCACAACAUGAGGCCCUGCAGUUAGAUUCAGUUUCCAUGGAUUAGAAAAAGUGGAAAUUGGCUAGGAAUCCCUGCUUCUCAAUAUGAUCUCAUCAAUGUAAUCACUUAAGUGAGAAAUCAAAGAGAGGGCAGCACCUGCAAAGUUGCAACCAGCAAAAUGAGAAACCUAUUUUAAACACAUUACCAUGGUUAACAUUAGUUAAUGAUGCAUACAAGCAUUUAAAAAGAUCUGCAUAUCCACCAAGGAAAUCGCAUUAGGUCUCCAUGUCUGACUCAUGAUCUAAUGUCUAGGCAUAGAAAUUAGGUUUACAAUUUUCCUUAUCAAAACUACACCAGAUAUAAGGCAACAUCACUAUAUUUAAAUGCAUUUUUCUUUCUUUAAUCUGAGUUUAUUCUCCAGAAUGCUAUGUAGGUACAUUGAAAUCAGAAAUUUCUGAAUUUAACGAGGAUGGAAGAAUGCCUAUUGUUUUCCCUUUUCCUCCAAAGCUCGUUACACUAGCCAGCCCCUUCUCCUCCUCCCUGGCUUAGGCACCAACCUUGG